AUGAUCAAGAAUGCCGUUAUGUACAAACAUGUUUGGAAGAUUGAGAACUUUUCAAAGUUAGAUGCUGAGAGCUACUACUCAGAACCAUUAAUUCACUGCUGGUUAUCAGAAAUGAUUAAACUUGCAGGUUCCAAAAUAUUUGCAAGUUUUCCCUGUGCAUUGUGGAUCAAAUUCACUCCAGCCAUAAAUGUGAUGAAGGUAAUAGCUGUGGUUCAGUGCAUCAAGCCUAAAUUGGGGUUGGCCCGCCUACUUUCUCUUCACUGGACACUUUCAGUGAGGAAGGCAAGGGGUUUUGAUGAAGUAUACUUGCUUAAUAUUCAUGGGGUUUCAAGACCAUUUUCAGAUUCACCGCCAACUCAUUACACUCUAAAAAUAGAGGCGUUUUCGUUGCUGAAGAAGCAUUCAACAUCAGAGGGUAGCUUUGAGUCAGGGAAGUUUGACGCUGGAGGAUACAAAUGGAAACUGGUGGUCUACCCAAAUGGAAACAAGAAGAAGAAUGUGGAAGACCACAUCUCUGUCUACUUAAAAAUGGCUGGAGCAAAUUCACUUGAGACUCGUUGGGAAGUCUCUGUUGAUUUUAGAUUGUUUUUGCUUGAUCAGAAUACGGGAAAAUACUUGGUUCUUCAAGAUGCUAAUCUAAACAAGAUUUGCUUGCACCGGGCGAUGCUCGAAAUGGGUUUCGAUAGAGUUAUCCCUCUGAAAGCAUUUGCUGAUGCUUCCAAUGGCUAUCUCAUUGAUGACAAGUGUGUGUUUGGAGCCGAGGUCUUUGUUUGUAAAGAAAGAAGAGCAGGCAAGGCAGAGUGCCUAUCAGGGAUCAACAGUGCUUCUACGAACAAGUAUGUUUGGAAGAUUGAGAAAUUUUCAAAGUCAAAAACCGAAUGCUUGGAAUCACAACCGUUCAAUGCUGGAGGACAGACGUGGAAGAUAAAGCUCUAUCCCAAGGGAGCUGACGACGGAAAGGGUACUCAUGUUUCUAUUUACUUAAAAUGUGCUAAUCCAGAAAAGCUGUCUCCUGGCUCUCAAAUACUUACAGAGUUCACUCUGCGCAUCGUAGAUCAAUUGAAUGCCAAGCAUUUUUAUAGUAAAGAUAUUCAAUGGUUCUCAGCUUUGGGUAUUGGUUGGUCUAAUUUCAUUACAUUGGGAAAUUUCAAACGGUUAGACAAGGGUUAUUUGCUGAAGGAUACUUGCUUAAUUGAGGCGGAGGUCACUGUCCAUGGAAUUGCUAAAGCAUUAUAG